CAGCAGAGCAGCUACUACCUGCUCUUCUUUCUCUCUCUCUCUGUCGCUCGCUCUCUCUCUCUCUCUUCUUAGCGGCUCCGCUUCCUCUCAUUCGUUGCCAUACCGUUGCCAUCUCGAGAUCCAUGGAGAGGAGGAUGGAAGGGGGAGCUGGAGGAUGCUAAGGGUUUUGAGUUUGCUGAGGUUUUUCGCCGGAUCUGAGGGUUUUUGAAGCUUUGGGGGGUGAUCUUUAGCUUGGUGUUGCUAAUGGCAAUGGAAGAUGUUUCAUCUAAUGCACCUCGGUUUAGAAGAAUACUGCGCCAAGCAUGGGCUUCAAACCCAGAGCUGGACCCUAUGCUAAAUGAAAACUUGGAACAGUGGCCACAUCUAAAUGAGUUGGUCCAGUGCUACAAGGCAGAUUGGGUGAAGGAUGAAAUCAAGUAUGGGCAUUAUGAAAGUGUUUCACCUUUGCCUUUUCAAAAUCAAAUUUUUGAGGGGCCUGACACAGAUAUAGAAACAGAAAUCCACCUGGCCCGUUCUAGGCAUUCUAAAGCGGAAGAUGCUACUGAUGAUGACACUCCUAGUACCUCCGGAAGACAGAUAUCUGAAUUUGGUCCUGAUAAUUUAUCUACAAAACAUCAUUUUGGUUUCUCUCCGCUGCCCGCUUAUGAACCAACCUUUGAUUGGGAAACUGAAAGGUCAUUGAUUUUUGGCCAAAGGAUUUCUGAAAAUUACCCGGCUCAAUAUUCCAGUGGAUUGAAGAUCACUGUGAAGGUGUUAUCCUUAUCAUUUCAAGCUGGAUUAGUUGAGCCCUUUUAUGGUACAAUAUGCUUAUAUAAUAGGGAGAGGAGAGAAAAAUUGUCCGAGGACUUCUAUUUUCAUGUUCUACCAACAGAUACGCAGGAAGCCACUAUUAUUCUAGAACGUCGAGGGGUUUUCUCCUUGGAUACUCCAUCAUCUGCAAUUUGCUUCCUCAUUCAGCUAGAGAAGCCUGCUACCGAAGAAGGAGGAAUUGCUCCAUCAGUUUACUCUCGAAAAGAACCCUUACAUUUGACUGAGAGAGAAAGACAGAAGCUGCAGAUUUGGUCUCGGAUCAUGCCUUACAGGGAAUCAUUUGCUUGGGUUAUUGUUCCAUUGUUUGAAAACCACAACAAUGUAUCUGCAAGUGGUGCUGCCUCCCCUGGUAGCCCCAUUGCCCCUAGUGUAUCUGGCUCAAGCUCCCAAGAAAGUGCUAUGGAAUCUGGGGCAAAAAUCACUUUGGAUGGCAAGCUUGCUCAAUACUCCAGUGGAAGCUCAGUUGUCCUUGAGAUAUCAAAUUUAAAUAAGGUCAAAGAAAGCUAUACAGAGGAUUCACUUCAGGACCCGAAAAGGAAGGUUCACAAGCCUGUUAAAGGUAUUCUAAGAUUGGAAGUUGAAAAACUUCAGGCAGCCCAUGUUCAACCUGACAGCAUUUCUGAGAGUGGGAGCUUGACCAAUGAUACCAGUGAUGCCGGUGACCGGCUUGCUGAACCUAAUUCUUCAAAGUACUUUGCUCAUGGUUCUCGUGAGGUACGAGUUUCUAAUCCAAAGUACAAUUCUGUUGAUGCUAAGGAACCUCACCAGAACGGUUCAAAUGCUAUGAUGGGAUGUCUUCCUGAUUCCGACAGCUUUGACUUCCAUGCUUUUGAUUUUCGCGUGAUGACCAGAAGCGAGCCAUUUUCUCAACUUCUUCAUUGUCUGUAUGUGUACCCCUUGACUGUCAGUUUGGGCCGCAAAAGGAAUUUAUUCAUAAGGGUGGAGAUGAGAAAGGAUGAUAGUGACAUUCGCAAACACCCAUUGGGGGCUAUGUAUCCAAGGGAUCACGGAGCAGCGCUUCAAAAAUGGGCUCAUACACAAGUUUCUGUUGGUUCUAGGAUGGCAUGUUACCAUGAUGAGAUUAAAAUAUCCCUCCCUGCGAUUUUGUCACCUCAACAUCAUCUUUUGUUUACCCUUUUUCAUGUCGAUCUCCAAACCAAGCAGGAGGCUCCAAAGCCUGUAAUUGUAGGAUAUGCUGCACUUCCCUUGUCCACCCAUGCCCAGUUGCAUUCUGAAGUCUCUUUGCCAAUUCUUAGAGAGCUGGUUCCGCAUUAUCUUCAAGACAGUAUCAAGGAAAGAUUGGAUUAUUUGGAGGAUGGGAAAAAUGUCUUCAGACUGCGUUUAAGGUUAUGUUCUUCUUUGUUUCCAGUCAAUGAGCGAGUAAGGGACUUUUUCCUGGAGUAUGAUCGGCAUAUACUCCGCACAAGUCCUCCUUGGGGGUCCGAGCUACUUGAGGCCAUCAACAGUUUGAAGAAUGUUGAGUCAACUGCCUUGUUGCAGUUUCUUCAGCCAAUUCUUAACAUGCUUCUUCAUCUCAUUGGUGAUGGUGGUGAAACCCUUCAGGUUGCAGCUUUUCGAGCAAUGGUCAAUAUAUUAACUCGGGUACAGCAGGAGUCAUCUGAUGGAGCUGAUAGAAAUCGGUUUCUUGUUAAUUAUGUUGAUUAUGCUUUUGAUGAUUUUGGCGGUCGGCAGGCGCCGGUCCAUCCUGGCUUAUCUACAGUAUGGGGAAGCUUGGCUCGGAGCAAGGCUAAAGGAUAUCGUGUUGGACCUGUUUACGAUGAUGUCCUAGCAAUGGCAUGGUUUUUCUUGGAGCUUAUUGUGAAAUCAAUGGCGUUGGAGCAAAGCCGCCUAUUCUACCACAGCCUUCCUUUAGGUGAUGAUGUCCCACCACUGCAGUUGAGGGAUGCUGUAUUUCAUUGUAUUAAGCAGCUUUAUGAUUGCCUUCUUACUGAGGUUCAUGAGCGCUGCAAGAAGGGUUUAAGCUUGGCAAAACGCUUAAACAGCAGCCUUGCCUUUUUUUGUUAUGAUCUACUAUCCAUCAUUGAACCACGGCAAGUUUUUGAACUGGUUUCAUCAUAUAUGGACAAAUUUGCUGGAGUGUGCCAAUCCGUUCUUCAUGACUGCAAGCUGACAUUUUUGCAAAUAUUAUGUGAUCAUGACCUUUUUGUGGAAAUGCCUGGGAGAGAUCCCUCGGAUAGAAACUAUCUUUCAUCAGUUCUGAUUCAAGAGCUUUUCCUUACAUGGGAUCAUGAUGAUUUGACACAACGAGCAAAAGCAGCUCGUAUUCUUGUGGUUCUCAUGUGCAAGCAUGAGUUUGACUCUCGAUAUCAGAAGCGUGAGGAUAAGUUAUACAUCGCACAGCUAUACUUCCCUCUUAUUGGACAGAUUUUGGAUGAGAUGCCAGUUUUCUAUAAUCUUAAUGCGGUUGAAAAGCGUGAAGUCUUAAUUGUAGUUCUUCAAAUCAUACGCAAUCUGGAUGAUGCAUCCCUUGUUAAGGCAUGGCAGCAGAGCAUUGCUCGAACAAGAUUGUUUUUCAAACUUCUAGAAGAAUGUCUUGUUGUUUUUGAGCACAAAAAGCCAACAGACAGCUUGCUUAUGAGCUGUAGCUCUCGCAGCCCAGAUAGUGAGGCACCUGCUUCUCCCAAGUACUCUGAUCGGCUUUCCCCGGCUAUCAAUUCAUAUCUUUCAGAGGCCUCUCGACAAGAAGUUAGAACACAGGGAACACCUGAAAAUGGUUAUAUGUGGCACAAAGUCAGUCCUCAGCUAAGCUCACCUAGCCAACCAUACUCUUUGAGAGAAGCUCUUGCGCAGGCACAAUCAUCUAGAAUUGGUACUUCGACCAGAGCAUUAAGAGAGUCCCUCCACCCAAUACUAAGACAAAAGCUGGAACUUUGGGAGGAGAAUUUGAGUACUGCCGUCAGUCUCCAGGUUUUAGAGAUGACUGAUAAAUUUUCAAGUGCUGCAGCGUCCCACAGCAUUGCUACUGAUUUUGGAAAGUUAGACUGCAUUACAUCUAUAGUCAUGGGUCUCUUUUCUCGUAGUCAACCAUUGGCCUUCUGGAAAGCAUUAUUCCCUGUUUUCAACAAUGUUUUUAAUCUUCAUGGUGCAACGUUGAUGGCAAGGGAGAAUGAUCGUUUCUUGAAGCAAGUUGCAUUUCAUCUAUUACGGUUGGCAGUUUUUCGAAAUGAUUCCAUUAGGAGAAGGGCUGUUGUUGGGCUUCAAAUACUUGUCAGGAAUUCGUUUUAUCAUUUUACAAACACAACUCGACUGAGGGUCAUGCUGACAAUUACUCUGUCAGAAUUGAUGUCCGAUGUACAAGUUACCCAAAUGAAAUAUGAUGGAUCUCUGGAAGAAAGCGGUGAAGCUCGACGUUUGAGGAAAUCCUUGUGUGAAAUGGCAGAUGAAGAUAGAAGUUUGGAUCUGAUUGAAGAGAGUGGACUUCCUAGAAAUGCACUUGAAGCAGUUCCUGGAGGUACAACCGAUACUCGUUGGUCUUGGCAUGAAGUCCGACAUCUAUCUGAGUGUCUUCUUCAGGCCCUGGAUGCAGGCCUGGAGCAUGCCUUACUGGGUUCUGUAAUGAAUGUUGAUAGAUAUGCCGCUGCAGAAAGCUUUUAUAAGCUCGCAAUGGCUUAUGCCCCUGUACCAGAUCUGCACAUAAUGUGGUUGCUGCAUCUAUGUGAUGCACACCAGGAAAUGCAGUCUUGGGCUGAAGCUGCUCAAUGUGCGGUCGCUGUUGCUGGUGUGAUCAUGCAGGCCCUUGUGGGAAGGAAUGAUGCUGUUUGGAGCCGAGAUCAUGUGGCUGCUUUAAGGAAGAUCUGCCCAAUGGUUAGUGAUGCGGUAAAUGCUGAGGCAUCUGCUGCUGAGGUGGAAGGAUAUGGUGCAUCAAAACUCACUGUUGACUCAGCUGUGAAGUACUUACAGCUUGCAAAUAAGUUGUUUUCGCAGGCAGAACUUCAUCACUUCUGUGCCAGUAUCCUAGAACUGAUAAUUCCAGUUUAUAAAAGCAGAAGGGCCUUCGGACAACUCGCUAAAUGUCACACAUCCCUCACCAACAUCUACGAAGCAAUUCUUGAGCAGGAAUCUAGCCCAAUACCCUUUAUAGAUGCUACUUACUACCGAGUUGGAUUUUAUGGUGAACGGUUUGGGAAGUUGGAUAGAAAGGAAUAUGUCUACAGAGAACCACGAGAUGUUCGCCUAGGGGACAUAAUGGAAAAGCUUAGUCACAUAUAUGAAUCCCGAAUGGACGGUGCCACCCUUCAUAUAAUUCCAGAUUCAAGGCAAGUCAACGCGGAGGAAUUGCAGUCAGGUGUCUGUUAUCUGCAGAUAACGGCAGUGGACCCUGUUAUGGAAGAUGAAGACCUUGGUAGCCGAAGAGAAAGGAUCUUCUCACUCUCAACUGGAAGUGUACGUGCUCGUGUUUUUGAUCGUUUCUUGUUUGACACUCCAUUUACGAAAAAUGGCAAGACCCAAGGGGGUUUAGAAGAUCAAUGGAAGCGUCGCUCUGUGCUCCAAACUGAGGGCUCCUUUCCUGCUCUUGUUAAUCGGCUUUUGGUAGUCAAAUCUGAAUCUCUAGAGUUCUCUCCUGUAGAAAAUGCCAUCGGAAUGAUUGAAACCCGGACUGCUGCACUUAGGAAUGAGCUUGAAGAGCCACGCAGCUCUGAAGGGGAUCAGCUCCCCCGCCUUCAAAGUCUUCAGAGGAUACUUCAAGGCAGUGUUGCUGUUCAGGUGAACAGUGGUGUACUCAGUGUUUGUACGGCAUUUUUAUCCGGGGAGCCGGCCACCAGACUCCGAUCACAAGAACUGCAGCAACUUAUUGCAGCACUCCUGGAAUUUAUGGCUGUGUGCAAACGGGCUAUUCGAGUACAUUUCCGAUUAAUAGGUGAAGAAGAUCAAGACUUCCACACGCAGCUUGUGAAUGGUUUCCAGUCUCUUACGGCGGAACUCUCACACUACAUCCCUGCAAUACUUUCCGAGCUAUAGAUUGCUUCUGCUUUGGUGUGCCGAAUUAUUCCCAGAGGCUUGUCCUUAUAAUGUUCAUAUUUGUUGCAGUAGUUUGUUGUAUUCUUGUUACAUUUUGGGUAACGCUCUUUAACCAACCUUUUGUAAUGGUUUUGUUUUGAAGGUCUUGAUUUCAAGAUCUUGUAAAAAGUUGUAUGGUCAGUGAUUUGUAACCAUGAGGAAAUGUUUCUCUAAUUGAUUUGGUUUGCACCUCAGAUUUCAUUCAA